UUGAAAACGAAACGCCUCACUUUCUCUCUCUAAACCAUUCUUGUCUCUCUCUAGACAUCACUGCGGUGAGAGAGACAGAUUCUCGGUCCGUUUCUGUGUAUUCUAUAGGUUCUUUGUAUUCUUCUACGCCUUUGAAGAAAACGUGUGCGAUUUACAAGAACAUUGCUUGCAUCUUCUUGAUUCUCUGCAAUUCCUUUCUUUGCUUUCAGUGCACAUUCUUCUCGUUGAUUCCAAGAUUUUCAGAGUGAUUAUUUUGAGCACGGAAAGGACUCAAUCUUGCACCAUGUUUUGGUGGCUCACACGUGUCAGUGGAGCAUGGCAAUGUGUUAUAUCAUACCAUCUGAGAUAUAAUCAAGUAACAAGCACUUAGAAUCAAUUGAGAACAUGGGAUACAGUUUCGAACUCAAAGGGAGUACAAAACAGCCACAAACAUCAAAAGUUGCGAAGGAGAGGAUCCUACCACCUCGAGCAAUUGAAAGUCUAAAGUUGCAAGACAAGUGUAAAGUAGAACGUCCAUUUGGUCAACCGUACCUUGGUUGGCAUCAUGAAUUAAGACAUAGUGCAGGUGACUGCUCCAAUUUUCAUCCAAAAUCUUCUUUAAAAAACCAAAAGCAAUGGAAUGGGAAGAAGGUGACUAGAGAUGAUGAGCUGGUCAAGCACAUGUCAAAUUUACCUGGCUAUCUCCAGCAAAUGGACAGAGGAAAAAAUCUCCAGGAAAAGGCUUUGAAUUUUGGAGUUCUUGAUUGGGAACAUCUAGAAAAGUGGAAAUAUGACCAAAAACAUAUCUUACAAAAAGGUAACCUGAAUACAUCAUCUUCUAGCCAUAAUUCCUCAUUUAUGGCAAGUAGCUUCUCUUCACUUCCCUGUAAAGUUCGGGGCAAGAACCUUUCUCCUCUGAUGAAGCAGGCCCCAUUACAGUGUGCUCGUCGUGAAGAAGAUCCUUCUCAAGGUGUUAAACAGUCUGGAGGGAAGGUCAUACACCUUCAAGAUUUUGAGAGUGCUCCAAAGAGCACCCUGGAUGGGCAGCAAAAGUGCACAAAGAAGUCUUUUCGUAGAAAUUAUUCUGAGAUGAAGAUUGAGAUGGACAAGAGAAAAGAUGCAGAUCAGAAUAUCAUGCCAGAUAAGAAAACUUCCAACUUGAGAAAACACGGUAUCUCACUCUCUGCAAAGGACGCGAUGAGUGGUCAGAAUGGAGAAACUAAGCAGAGAGUGGAGGAGCUACAAGCAUCAGAAUUUACUCUUGCUCAUAAUCACUGCCCUGGAGAUCACCAAAGAAUUGUUCUCCUUUUACCCAAACAUUCUCCCAAAAGGAGUUGCUCUCAGGUAUUUCAGCCUUCGGAAGGCAGAAUAUUAUCUGAUGGAAAAUUGACACAAGCAAAUCAGAAAAGCUUUUCAUGCCACAAUUCUUCUGAGGAAGUUCACUCUGCAGAACUCUGUUCUGAAAUUCUGCAAUCUCGCCCGCUGCCUGUUAGUGUGGAGACCAACACCAAGCCUGACACGGAACCACAUAGCUUGAUAAAAGCUCAAGGAAUGGAGCUUCCACAUGCUGCGUCUGACACAUGGCAAUGUUCAAAUGAAUCACCAGCCAUAUUUUCUAAAAGUAAAUCUGUAGAUGAGAAAAGGGCAAGCAUGAAGAUUUCCUGCUCAAGUCCAAUUGAGAAUUCUAAGAGAUUUGAUCAAGAAACUACUGACCCAGUAGCUGCAAAGGGAAGGCAUCCAUCACCUAAUCAUCGGUUUAGCUUCAGCCUAAGCAGGAUGAGCAGAAGUUUCAGUUUUAAGGAGGUGUCAGCUGUUCCUCAGUUGAGCUCUUCGUAUGCUACUGUCAAGUCUGGUCCAGUGACAUUUGAAACUUCUGGUUGUCUGGAUGAUUCAAACGGAAAAAAUCCUAAUUUUCAUAGCAGAUCCAGGUCCAGCCCUUUAAGAAGGUUACUAGACCCUCUACUGAAGCCCAAGGCAGCAAACCGGCAUCUUUCUGCUGAGACUGUUCAGCCAUUGAAAUGGAAUUUGAAUUCUUCAACCUCUAAGCUGAUUGAUAAUAGUGAAUCAUCACCGGACAAGAAGCAUGGGAAAUCAUCUGUUGAAGCUCUUCUGCAACUUACAUUUAAGAAUGGACUCCCUUUGUUCAAACUUGUGGUUGAUAAUAAUACUGACAUUCUCGCUGCCAAUGUGAAAAAGUUAACUACAACUGGGAAGGGUGAUUCUACCUGGAUAUACACAUUUUACUCUGUUAAUGAAAUUAAGAGGAAGAGUGGCAGCUGGAUAAAUCAAAGGCAUAAAGGAAAAAGUGGCUUUAGCUAUGAUGUUGUUGGUCAGAUGAAGGUUUCCUGUUCUGAUUUUCCAGACUUGACUGCACAGAGCACCAAGGACCAUUUUGUAGUGAGAGAGUGUGUUCUUUAUGGUGUUGAUAUUGGACAGACAGAUAAGGUAACAUCAGAGCACAUGCCAAACAGGGAGGUUGCAGCCAUUGUCAUCAAGAUUCCGAGUGAAAAUACAAAGGAUGAUGGAGAACAGAGCCAUAAAGGCAUGGACUUGACAGGGACAGGGUUUACAGAGCAUUUGCAAGAAGACAAAAAAUUCUGUGACGAUGGUGAAAAUGAACGCUCUGGUAGCACGAUAGUUAUUCUUCCUGGUGGUUUUCAUGGCUUGCCAAGUAAGGGAGUACCUUCGCCAUUGAUUAACAGAUGGAAAUCUGGUGGAUCAUGCGAUUGCGGAGGUUGGGAUGUUGGUUGCAAACUACGAAUUCUCACUGACCAGGAUAAAAGCUACAAGCAUUUGAAACAAUCUAUUCCUUGUUCUACCGCAAGUCAUCUUGAUCUUUUUGUUCAGUCUACCUUCACACAGGGAGGAGAUCAAGAGAACAAGCCAAUCUUCAGUUUGGCACCAUUCAAGAAGGGAACUUACUCUGUUGAAUUUAACACGUCAAUCUCUUUGUUACAAGCAUUCUCAAUCUGUAUCGCGUUUAUAAGUAGUCAGGAGUCUUCUGACUUCAUGGAAGUGAAUAACAUGUCAGAAGCAAAACUUCUCCGCGAACCUGCUCUGACUGGAUGUGAUAGAACAAAGCCUCCCACCAUUCCGCUAAGAUACAUCCCAUCCCCACCCCCUUCUCCUGUUGGAAGAGUCUAGCUUCAUGCAAGGGAUAUGUUUUCCGACUUCAUGGAAGUGAAUAACAUGUCAGAAGUAAAACUUCUCCGCGAAGCUGCUCUGACUGGAUGUGAUAGAACAAAGCCUCCCACCAUUCCGCCAAGAUACAUCCCAUCCCCACCCCCUUCUCCUGUUGGAAGAGUCUAGCUUCAUGCAAGGGAUAUGUUUCGGGCAUUUAGCUGUUAAACUUCAGUGGAUAGCAAAGGAAGCAUCUAUACCUCAAAGAGGGUAGGUAUUUGUUCAUAAUCAGUCCAUAUUUUGUUAAAAUUGAGAUAUGGCUACCAUGAAAGCUGACCUCUGAACAAGAGAGUGAUGUGGGAGAUGAGAUCUAUGACCAUUUUAAUCUUGUACCAGUUGGUACCAUUAGUACCAUAAUCCUAUGUAUGUAAAAAAUAACAUCAUUUACUAUAUCCAACUCGGCAUUACAAGAGUUGUACAGGUUCGUGAA